GUCCUUAUUUGCACCCGCCCCCCGCCCGCAGCGGUCUAGGGCUUUUGACUUCGCCCCGAACGCAUUUCCCCUCCCGUCGCUGGUUCCCUGCGAUCGCCCCCCGCUGGUGGGGCUCGCGGAGCCCGGGGAGCCGCGUCCUCCGCGCCGCCGCUGCCGCGCGAGUUAAUAAACAGUUAAGUUUGGAAGACUCUGCAGACACGUUGAGGGGGAGUUACCAAGCCCAGGCAGCAAAAACAUCCUGGCACAUUCCUGGGGAGUCCUCAGCUGCCAGCAUCUGAUUAGAACCAUAUCUCUCUCCGGGAGUGGCCGCGCGGCCCGAAGCUCCCGGCCGGCGGCUAUUUAAGCGGGGCCCGCCGCAUCCGCUGCGCGGCAGCCUGGAGGCUCCGGGCGCGGGGAAGUCAUGCUCGCUUCGCGGAGGCAAUAGCUAGCCGGUGUCUGUGGGAGGUUAUGUUUAUUUGAGACUUCUCCAUUGGGGAUCGCCUGGUGUCACCAAGUGUCCACUGGUGCUGGGGUUUGCUGCCUGCCUUCCUGCCAUGUCUAACGAAGUGGAAACAAGUGCAGCCAAUGGUCAGCCCGACCAACAGGCCGCGCCAAAAGCACCCUCAAAGAAGGAGAAAAAGAAAGGCCCUGAAAAGACAGAUGAAUAUCUCUUAGCGAGGUUCAAAGGUGAUGGUGUAAAAUAUAAAGCCAAGCUGAUUGGCAUUGAUGACGUGCCAGAUGCAAGAGGGGAUAAAAUGAGCCAAGACUCUAUGAUGAAACUAAAGGGAAUGGCAGCAGCUGGUCGGUCUCAGGGACAACAUAAACAAAGGAUCUGGGUCAAUAUUUCCCUUUCUGGGAUAAAAAUAAUUGAUGAGAAAACUGGGGUAAUAGAGCAUGAACAUCCAGUAAAUAAGAUUUCUUUCAUUGCCCGUGAUGUGACAGACAACCGGGCAUUUGGUUACGUGUGUGGAGGAGAAGGCCAGCAUCAGUUUUUUGCCAUAAAAACUGGGCAGCAGGCUGAACCAUUAGUUGUUGACCUUAAAGACCUUUUUCAAGUUAUCUAUAAUGUAAAGAAAAAGGAAGAAGAAAAGAAAAAGAUGGAGGAAGCCAACAAAACAGUUGAGAAUGGGAGUGAGACCCUAAUGAUUCUAGAUGACCAAACUAACAAAAUGAAAUUGGAAAGCAAAGAUAUCCUGUUAGUGGAUCUAAACUCUGAAAUCGACACCAAUCAGAAUUCUUUACGAGAAAAUCCAUUCUUAACAAAUGGCAUCACCUCCUGCUCUCUUCCUCGACCAAAGCCUCAGGCAUCCUUCUUGCCUGAAAAUGCCUUUUCUACCAAUCUCAACUUCUUUCCCACCCCUAAUCCUGAUCCUUUCCGUGACGAUCCUUUCACACAGCCAGACCAAUCGACACCUUCUUCGUUUGAUUCUCUCAAAUCUCCAGAUCAGAAGAAAGAGAAUUCGAGUAGCUUGUCUACUCCACUGAGUAAUGGGCCCCUGAAUGGUGAUGUUGACUACUUUGGUCAGCAAUUUGACCAGAUCUCUAACCGGACUGGCAAACAGGAAGCUCAGGCAGGCCCAUGGCCCUUUUCGAGUUCGCAAACCCAGCCAGCAGUGAGAACUCAAAAUGGGGUAUCUGAAAGAGAACACCCUGUCAAAUCCUCCCCGAACCCUUUUGUGGGAAGCCCUCCCAAAGGACUAUCUGUACAGAAUGGCGUAAAGCAGGACUUGGAAAGCUCUGUCCAGUCCUCACCACAUGACUCCAUAGCCAUUAUCCCACCUCCACAAAGUACCAAACCAGGAAGAGGCAGAAGGACUGCUAAGUCUUCAGCCAAUGACUUGCUUGCAUCAGACAUCUUUGCUCCUCCCGUCUCAGAACCUUCAGGCCAGGCGUCACCUACAGGACAGUCUGCAGCCCUGCAGCCCAACCCUCUGGAUCUCUUCAAGACAAGUGCUCCUGCCCCAGUGGGGCCCCUGGCGGGGAUAGGUGGUGUAGCUGUCACACUCCCUCAGGCGGGACCAUGGAACACAACAUCUUUGGUCUUCAAUCAGUCCCCUUCAAUGGUUCCGGGAGCCAUGAUGGGUGGUCAACCUGCAGGUUUUGGUCAGCCCGUCAUUUUUGGUACAAGUCCAGCUGUUCCAGGUUGGAACCAGCCUUCAUCCUUUGCAGCCUCAACUGCUUCUCCAGUGCCUAUUGUCUGGGGCCCUUCUGCAUCUGUGGCACCCAAUACUUGGUCAACAACAAGCUCUUUGGGGAAUCCUUUUCAGAGCAAUAUUUUUCCAGCUCCUGCUGUGUCUACUCAGCCCCCAUCCAUGCUCUCCUCUCUCCUGGUCACUCCUCCGCAGCCGCCUCCCAGAGCUGGCCCUCCCAAGGACAUCUCCAGUGAUGCCUUCACUGCCUUAGACCCACUUGGGGAUAAAGAGAUCAAGGAUGUGAAAGAAAUGUUUAAGGACUUCCAACUGCGGCAGCCACCUACUGUGCCUGCAAGGAAGGGAGAGCAGACUUCUUCUGGGACUUCAAGUGCCUUUUCCAGUUAUUUCAACAGCAAGGUUGGCAUUCCUCAGGAGAAUGCAGACCAUGAUGACCUUGAUGCUAAUCAACUACUGAGUAAGAUCAACGAACCACCAAAGCCAGUGCCCAGACAAGUUUCCCUGCCAGUUACCAAAUCUGCUGACAAUGCAUUUGAGAACCCUUUCUCUAAAGAUUCUUUUGGUUCAUCACAAGCCUCUAUGGCUUCUCCUCAACCUGUCUCUUCUGAGAUAUAUAGGGAUCCAUUUGGAAAUCCUUUUGCCUAAAUUCUGAACUUGGUCUGCAGACCAUCCAGAGGAAUAAAAUGAUUGGCCUUAGUAGUCAAAAACAAAGCUGAUAGCCAGACACGUCCUGAUUUCUGCCCCUGUUCCAGCUUUGACAUAUUAUCUGUUGCCUUAUUUCUCAUUGCCUCUUCUAGUUGUAAAAUGCUUUUCACUUUCUGUCUAGGUUAAAGCUAAACUGAAUCUAUGGCUUUAAAUAAAUUAAGAUCCUAAACUCUCUAGCUUAAGUGUAAAUGAAGUACAGUAGUUUCCCUACUGGACCCUGACUAUUGUGUCCCUAGAACCUUCUAGAACACCUGUCUUCUACCCUUUGGUUGGGAGAUGCAGCCACCAAAUCCCUUCAUAUCGUACUGUUUUGAAUAAAUUUUUAAAUCCUUAUUGUUCAAAGUUGUUCGGGGGUUCUGUUUCAGAGCAUAAAACCUAAAGGCUAUAGUAGAACAAGGCACCUUCUUAAAAGAAGUCUUGCUUCAGACCAUCAGUUACAGAGAAUUUUAAAAGUAAAAUUGAAGCAACUCCAAAUUCUUAGACAUUUUGGAAUCAAACACACUUAAGGACAAUUUUAAAGAGAUAGCUUCUCUUCUUUCUGAAGAUCAGUUUCCCCCAAGGCCAAGAUUAUCCUUUUCUCCAAUCUCCUGCUAGCUAUUGCAAAUGAGGGAAGAGCAUUAUUCAUCUCUCCUCUCCUUUUUUUUUUCUGAUUCUCUUUUCAGUCAGUUUUGCUCCUGGGUUCAUGUAGCAUUACCACCCUUUCACAAGCAACAGACUCUCACAGGGCAAAAAAAAAAAAAAAAAAAAUCUGGAGCCUCUCUUCAUUCUCAGUAAUUGCUAGUCCCAGAAACUAGAAUUGCAAAUGGGCACAACCUAUAUCCUUCCUGUGGAAGAGGAGGCCAUUCUAUUGAGCUGAAGUUCCAGAAGAGCAGUUAAUGUUCAAGAGAAAUUGAACUCAACUCAGCAACAAAGGACUCUAUUUUGAAGAGCAACAUAUCACAAAGCUAAAUGUGAUUGUGCCAAACAUAUUAGGUGCUUAUUUGGGGUCGUGCUAGGCCUUUAUCAAGUAACUGGAAAGCUUCCUUGCAGCCACAAUCUCAUCGUUAGUAGGAAGAUAAGUGGGGAGGAAAAAGCUGUAGAACAAAUGUUUGGGGUAACCAUUGAAAAUCUAAUGUCUGCAAUAUUUUUCUCAUAAGUUGGCAGCAUUCCCAGUUCAUUUUCAGUCCUGUUGUGAGCACAGUUCUGAAGGGUUUAUUCUUGUCAAAAUUAGUUUUGUUUUGAUGUUGGGUUUUUAAUGUUGUCUCUUGACACUUAAUGCUCAGGUUCUUGUGGGAGUUAAUCAACCACAUCCAAUGUUACCUUGAGGGGGAAGAAGAAGGUGAUGCUCAGAAGCUAAACAAGACAGUGGCCACAUGACCCUCUAUUGAUUAGCCCCAAGUAGAAAGUCCUGUGGUUUAUGUUUAACGGUAAUAGCUGAUCAUAUAUGGCAUAAUUUUCUAUCUGGCUUCCUACUCAGUCACUAUAAACACAGACUUGAAAUAGUACUUUAAAUGUCCAAAUACCUAAAUGUUCUAAACUGGAGGUAACUAUUUCUAGGUAGUUGAAUUUUUGAAAGUCAUGAUCAGCCACACAACUGUUUUGUACAUACUUAUUUUCUCAUGCACUUUUCUGUAUGCAAAUAAAGCUAUAAAUUUACUCAUUUCAAUAAACUGGAAUGGCAGAAUA